GGUCGUUUUGGGUCGGGCACUGCGCGGCCGCCCUUCCCGAGGGGCCCGUGAGAAGAGGGGAUCCCGCUGCGCACCGGCCCGGCGCUCCCUUGUGGCCGCCUUGUUCUGGGCUUCCCGCGAGGGAGUGGGAGCUGUGGGGAGGGGAGAGGGGCCCGAAGAGGGGCCCGCGUGUCCUUCCUUGUCGUCUCGUUGGGUCUGUUGACGUCCCACGGUGUCCGUGAGCGUCGGUCUGUGGUAACUUGCCAGAGCUUUGCAGCUUGAGCCCCUUAGCGGUUGCGGCGCUUGGUGCCCCGUAUCCCGCUCUUACUCUGCCUUGUCUGCACUGCGGGAGAGUUGGCACUCAGCGGGGAAGUAAUGUUCUAAGAAUGUCAUCAGGCAUCCAAAUAAAACCAAAGACUGCAGUACAGAAAAGCAAGACAUCUUCUCCUUUGCCAUGUUCUCCAGAACCUGUAAUUAAAGCGCAGCCAAAGCCUAGUGACAAGCUGAACCCUAAAACUAUCAAUCCGUUUGGUGUUCAUUCUCGACCACUUUCUGCAUUUGCUGCUAUAUAUGCGAAAGGUGGCAUUCCAUGCAGGUUAGUGCAUGGCUCAGUAAAGCACAGACUGCAAUGGGAAUGCCUUCCUCAAACUGUUCCCUUUGAUCCACUUCUUGUAACGUUGGCAGAGGGUCUGAGAGAGACAAAACAUCCCUAUACAUUUGUUUCAAAGGAGGGUUUUAAAGAAUUACUCAUGGUUGAAGGUGCUACUGAAAAAGCAAUUCCCUUGUUGCCUCGUCUAGUUCCAGUGUUAAAGGCUGCAUUGGCCCAUUCAGAUGAUGAAGUAUUCGGAAGGGGAUUGGAUGCUUUAGUUCAACUGAGUGCUGUUGUUGGCCCAUCUCUUAAUGAUCAUCUUAAGCAUCUACUCACAAAUCUUUCAAGGAGAUUAAUGGACAAGAAAUUUAGAGAAAAAAUUACUGUUGCUUUACAAAAGUUGGAGCAAUAUGGUGGAAAGGCAACUGUGGCUAUCAUCAAAUCUAAAAUUCCAACCUAUUGUUCUAUCUCCUCUUGAACAAGAAAACUGUAGUGACUUGUACUGUAAGGUGAAGUUUGGAAAGAAACUGCCUGUGAACAUCACUGACAUUUAUUUGGGGUAUGAUAUAUUCUCUUAAAAUAAUCACAGUUCUUCAGGAUGAUGGAGAGUGGGAGAAGUCUUAUUAGUUUGUGAGUAUGUAAUUAUGGAAGACUGUUUCACAUAAUUCUGUCUGUAUGGUUGUUUUUUGUAUAUGUAUUUCAAAAGCAGAGUAAAUAUUGAUUCUUACUUUGUUGUAAUUUGCCAUUUCCUUUAAUUGAUCUGCAGUGCUUAAUAUGUUUUGUACAUCUGUGAUGCAAAAUAAUUUGGCUGUAAUUACUUAAAUAGUAACUAACUUGUGUUAAAUUACAUAUGUAUACAUGCUUUUGAAACAUGUAACUUCAUUUGUGCCACAGGCACAGAUGGGUGCAGUUUGGGUUCAUCAGGACUUACUGGGUUAGAUGUAGAACUAUGAGAACUCUCCUGGACUUCGUGAAAGCCGGUCAGCUUUUAAAGGUAUGAAGCUGAACACACUAAACAGGUAGCAACGCAUGGUGCAAAACUGAACUUGCUCAGCGCGUUCUCAGCACAUUGUUUUGAGAAGCUGGAGAGGUUCUGGAGAAUACAGUGCAGAGGCAUCAGGUUGCUCCAUAGAGCGACAGUCUAUGUUUUGCUCAACUAAUUAGUUGCAGUUAGCUUUGGGCCUACUAAAUGUGAGCUAGAUGUAGGAGGCAACUUUGGAGUAUUUACACCAUGCUCCCUUUGCACUGAGUUCUGUAAUGCCACAGAUAUGCUUGGGACUAGCUUGUGAAUUUGGCUCUGGACAAGCCAAUAAACUUCUGAAUGUGCAAGCUAUGAAAAAAAUAUGAGUUAAAGACAAUAAAAAGAUCACAGAAGCCAGCUUACCUGGCUGUCAAGCCUUGGAGGGUACAGCGUUUUUCCAUGAAUGUAUUCGAACUUGAUUGCAAAAUAAUUCCUAACAGGUCUUAUAAUAAGUACUGUUCAGGGUUCACAUUGCUAUGGAUAUUUGAGUUACUCUGUGAGGGAAAGCUGACUGAAGUAACAUUAUUUGCCAUAGAAAUUUUUCCCCUGAGGAAAAUUCAAUUCUGGAAUUUAAAGCUGUUGGAAGGGCUUUUUUUUGGUGUUCAAAAUAUGCUGUUGCAUAGGGUAUUAAAAAGUCUGUCAUGUGAAAGUAACAUCAGAAUUUUUUGAAAGUUGCCACUGCUUAGCAAAAUAAAAUUUACUUCAGGAUUGUGCUAAGAUCUCUGUUUGAGAUCAGAACUGUACUUAAGCUUUUUAAAAAAGAAAUUGUUAGCAAAAAUUUUUAAUUUGAAGAAAUACAAGUAUUUGUUUAACAACUCAAAAAAACCGAUCAUGCUGCUUGUUUUUCUUCAUGUUUACUUUAUUUUUUUUUUUUACAAAAUGUGCACAUUUAGUUUACACAAACACGCUACAGCAGAUUUCAAGUGUACAUGUACUGUACUACUCUUAUCCUACACUGGUGAUAGCAGAGCAGCCUUCAACAUGCCUCUAACAUCCCAUCUCUACACCAGAAUAGAUACCUGAUUUAUUUUUGCAAAAGAAUCCUUGCAACAUUCUUUCUACUUCAUUAAUCCCCUUUCUGCAGCAAUGUCACAAUGAAGAUUGGCCUAUCUCUGAUAGCAUUUCACCUAUUUGAAGUAUUGGCAUAAACUCUGUGGACAAUAUAUUGUAAAAAUUACAUGGAUGGGGGGCAGUAUUAUAUUUUUGGUACAUACAUUUUUAGAAAAAUCUUUCUAGGUUCAGAAUUAAGGUAGCUCCAAUCUCAAUGAAGAAAUGAUCCUAAAAAAAGUAAUAUAGUUACCACAUAUAGAUGAUAUUAUAUAGCUGAAGUUUUCAAUUUUUUCCUGAUUCUGUCUUAUAAUUAAAGAUAUUACAAAAAACUGAAACAGAUAUUAGCCUGUCUAGCAGUUAUUACUAGUAAAUGUUACUAUAUAGUGAUAUUCAUUCUGAGCACUGAAGUGGGAUGGAAGUUUCAAAAGAAGUUCAUGCCUUUUUCUUCAUUAGAGGCAGAAAGACAUGUACUUAUGACAACAGUGUUAGGAUCCAGUUAAGUUUCUUCAUGAAAAAUUCAAAGUCAGAAGAUCCUUAAUUUUAAGCAAAGAACUUUGCAGACACGUCCAAGAAGAAUUAGAAAUACAGUAUGUAGGACUCCUGAUAUUCAUGUCAUGAUAAAUUAAAUGCAGAUUUACUAGGUAAGUGUGAUUGAUAGAAGCUUACUUGUAUUUGUUAGGGAGUAAAUCUACCUAUAAGCAAUUUCUUUUUUUGUUCUAUAACAGUUCUUCCUCUCAAGUUAUCUGUUUGUUAUGUUUGGGGUGUGGGGUUCUUUUGAAGAGAAAAGCAAGUCAAAGGUGGAAGGCAAUUGCAGCAAGGUGUGCAUUGCACAUUGAUUAUAGCACUUCUUUAACUCGAAGUAUUAUUCAAAAAAUGACUACAACAUACAAAUGUGAAAAGAAAAUAUAUGGUAAAGCCUCUGCAUGAAUUAGAAGCUAAGAUUUAACACUCAAACACCUAGAGCUUAAUCCAGUACAAAUGAAUAGCAAAACUAGGAGUAUUUAUCUAAUCUCCUUGUGACAGUAUCUAAUUUUAUCUGGUGGGUGGAAUGAUAAUAAAGCUGCAUAAUGGUAGGUCUUGUUUUGUUUGGGUUUGGAGUAAAAACAUUACUUUCAGUACAAUCUUGUUAAAUAAGUAGCCACUGUUGAAGUGCUAAGUUGUAUAUUUUAGAAAGUUUUAUGGGGAAAAGUUUAUAAUAAAAAAAUUAUUUGCAUAAUACCUGUCUCAGUGUAAAGCUGAGUAAUUUUAUUUAUGAUAAAGUGGGAAAUCCAUCUUUUAGAUAAUGUUGCAGAAUAGCUCAUAUUUGUCCAUUAGUUGUAGACCUAAUGUCUUCAUUAAAUCACAUUUUCAAAGAGCUGCAUGGAUCGCAUUAUAUUCUCAUCCUGUAAAAAAGACAACAAAAACCCAAAAAUCAUACACCAUUACAAAUGUAGUUGGCAAAUAUCUAUAGUGAAAUUGGAUAGAACUAACUGUAUUUUAGUUAACAACAACAUUAUUUUUCAGCUUAUUUGGAGAAAUUGUUAGCAGAAAAAGGCUGUUAAUGGAUCUACGCUUAAAUAGAUUUUUUUUAUAUAUUAAUUAAACCAAAACUGUUCUGUCCAAAAUGCAAUAGCAUGUUAAGAAAAUGGAGUCUGCAGUAUUUCAGAGGUUGUAAGCUUAUAUCCACUAUAACAAAAUACAUAUAGACAAUAAAUACUCAAGGAAUAACUUGUAUCUGAAGUGUGAAUCCACACAUGAAAUUGCUAGUCCUUUGUAUUGCACACAUGACCUUUUUGCAAUUCUAGGGCAUCCUAUUGCAUAGCUAGAGAUGACGCUAAAAUGAAAUAUGUGUACCUUUGCAUGAAUCAAAGAGUCAGUCAGUUCCACAAAUACCACCGCAACACUCUGACUCCUCAGCUCAGAUUCUCUGUGUGUUCAUGCUGGAAGAUGUUGACUGCUUUCCAGUUGUAUUACUGCUUUCCAAUUGUAUUUCUGCUUUCUGAUUGCUUUGCGUUAGGUAGAUAACAAAACCUUUGACUUCUAAGUUCUGCAUAACGCUUGCUGACACAUCCCUCACUACUCCAGUUUUUAUCAGUAAAUAGCUCUCAGCACAGCAGUGGGGAAAAAAUAAUUUUUUUGUAGCAUUUACUUUUCAGUGUAUAGAAGAAAGAGUUUACUUGUAGUAGCCCGUAUUUGGUGGCACUUCUGGAUCAACAAAUGGUUGCCCAAUACAAUAUAUAUAUAUACAAGAGUAUAUUACAUGCUCAUUUAGCAUUUGUUGGUCUCCGCUGUAAUGAUCCUCUUUUUUAAUCUGAAUGUACACCCUUUAGUACUUUCUUGAGAGAAAAUCCAGCCAUCUUUCAUUCUAGUGAAUAAAAAGACUGAAUUUGAUAGAAUAUUUUAGGAAGGUUCGUGGAAGAGGUGCAUAAACUCCACAGAUCUUAGAAAGGUUAUCUCAUAGUAUUCUCUGCAACUGAUAGGUAUGUAGGCCUUCUGUACAUUAAUAUUCCAGUAACACAUGUUCAGUAUCAAUUUCCAGUUACAUUAUUCACUGUUCAGUCUAGUGGGUGAUUUGCUUUGUAGAAAGUGACAAGUCUGAGUAAUUCUCUUAAUUUAUGUUAUGAAACAUGCACAGUCGGGUUUUUCAGCUUUGAUUCUCUAUGUCAUCACAAGUGAUGUUGGUGUAAGAAGUGAUCUGCGCACUAUUUUGUGUUGAUAAACUAACUUAUGAAAGCAAUGAUAUGUCAUUUAAAAAAAAUAUGUAGAUUAAUGCUUAAAAAGUUUGUAUAGGGAAUUUACUAUAUUAAAUUACUGGAAAUUAAAAUAAACUAAUUUUUUCCCA